GAAAUUUUGAAGAACGCGAUUCAAAAUCAUGUUUUGGCGCCAAAAUUCAAAAUUUGAUAUCGCAAUUAGACCGUCAGCAUCUCUGCCAUUCUGAAAUGGGUCAUUGCGAGCAGCGCGAGGGCUGUCACUAACUAAUAUCCGGGACUGAGAUAAUCUGGAUCAGCAUAAACCAAGUCUGAAACAAACUAUACUUUCCCAUAAUUUCGCUGCCGGCCAGUGGGUACUGGAUUGCACCACACUAGCGUUGAGACAUUCCCGCACACUGUGCAAGAGGUUUGUUGUGCUGGACGGCGACGACCUUGGAGUUCAUCCCUUUCCAUUCGGAUCAAGGAUCAAACCGCGCAUGCUCGUCGCCACUACACCACAAAGCAGACGGAACAAAACCCGGACAAAAACACUCCUUCUUCGGUAAACCACAAGACGCGUCCAUCCUAGUAGGCAGCAUCACAACAAACCGCAGCCGCUACGAAAACACCUGUUUUGCAGAGUGAAGAUUUCCCACGCCUACUGGCUGGAGGUCUGUGUGGUGUGGCAGCGUAACAAUUUUCAGACCUCGCACUGACUACUAGAUUGCGUCUAGUUGUUUUUGAAGAUUGCAGGAGAAGGAAUAGAACAAGGCAUUGGUGUGAUUUGCCCUUUUUGACGGUGGUUGCUUAUCUUUGCUGAGCUGCCGAUUGAACGAGAGAUAUCGAUUAUUUUUCUUUUCACUUCACCGGGUUUAUUCCACUGGCUUUGACAAUGUCAUCCGGCUACAAACACUUGUACUCCUGUGUGACCUUCAUCCUGUUCAUGGUGGUGGUCAAUUUCUACAAAAACAAAAUCCACCAAGCCCGCGAACGGGAAGCCUCGGUACGGGCUAAGAUGCGUGGCAGUCCACAAAAGCUGUCCUCGUAUCAACUGCAUCGCCGUGAGACCACGCUGGACGAAGAAGCGUCCAUCAUGUACCCGGGAGAUUACUACGCCGACAAGAUCGAAGCGGAAUUCCAGCGCCGAUUUUCCAACGCUGACUCACUGCUCGAUCGAAUGCUGAAAGAAUUCCCAGCCAAGUGUCGUGACAUGGAGGUGUUUUACCCUGCAAAACAUUCAAAAGAGCACGAGCUCAAACGGUUCCACAUCAUGGAAGAGUUGCUAUCCCCAAAGAAGGCCCGCCAACCCCCCAUCGAUCCAAACCUAGCCCAAUCCAACUCUUCAAUGUACGUAUUUCUCUCCGUCCUCAUCAUCCUGAUCAUCGCCGCCGGCGUAGACAUCGCCAAACACAUCCGGGUCAACCCCCGUCGCCAAGAAAACAUACGCCGCCUCUCCCUCCAAAACUACCAGGCCCUCAUCCGCGAAAAGCAGAAGCAGUUCCGCAUGAUGAAGCAGCACUGCUCGCAACCCUCGAUGAGCAUCAACCGCUCGAUCGACGAGACCAACUACCCGCCCCGUUCCGCGCCGCCACCAAGGAAGACCUGGACACCAAACCACCUCCGCCGCCCCUACUGCGCAGACAAUCCGUCCCCAUUGGACUGGUCCAGCCACCGUCAGCGGUGUCGGCCCUGGCCAGACCGAGCCUACCAGGCGGCGGCGGCAAACAUCUGCUGCGACGUCCGUCGAUGGAUUCGUUCGGGCUGGCCGACCGGGGUGACGGUGACACGGUCAAACCGAUGCACGCCAACGGAUCGCCGACGGAGAUGCGACGACGGGUGCGGAUGCUGCAUCGGCAUUGAAGUGAAUUUUGGAUUUAGUGUUGAGCACAAGUGUGACGAAACAUACUCAGUAGGCUAUGCUCACUAGAUUGUGUUAUAUUUGCAUUAGAAAUUAAUCAGAUUUUAGAGUUUAAAGAGUAGUGAGAUUAAUUUACAACGCAAAUAAUUGAUCUCUUUGACUUAAUUCUUUUUAAACAUUGCCAAAUUUUAGUGUUUAAAUGCAACCAAACAUACGAAAAAUUUGUAAACGUAAAUGUGAUGGAAACAGCUUCAAAAUGUACUUAACUGUUGAGCGAUUCGAUGGAUAUUUGUACACAACUAAAAUAAUAUUAGAUGUUUUAACAGCGGAUCAAACAAAACUUUCUCAAACCCGUAAUUAAAUUUUUAAAUGCAAAAAAAAAACAAAUAAUUGAACACAUAUUUUAUUUUCUAAUGUAGCUUUCACAUAAACUUUUUGAGGUAUAACAAAACUUUUUACAUAUCAGGGUAUUAUUCUAGUCAGAUCCUAGUCUUAAUAAGUCAUAUAUUUUUAGGAUGAAAAUUUCAUAUAUUGUGAGAAUCUUACACCUUGUUCUGCGUGCACACAAUCACCACGUCUUAUGAUCCGAUCCUAGAUAUAACCAGUAACCGUCGUUGUAUCAAGUACGUUUAUUAUAGAUGUUCAUUAAAAAAAUCCGGUAAGAUGCAAAUGGAAUUCGGAUUACAAUGGUGUUAACGGAUUAUAAACUGAGUACUUAAAAUGUGGCCAAUAAAGAAAAUUCUUAAAAGUGAAA